AUGGCCUUUAUUUGGAAGUUUUUCUAUGCGUUAUUUGCAUUGCUGCUUCUGUUACAUACGAGUUUCAGUUUGGCUGAAGGAGCAAAGUGCGUAGAGAAUGAGAGAAAAGCUUUACUCUUAUUCAAACAAGGAAUCCUGCAUGAUGACUCUGGAAUGUUAUCAACUUGGAGAGGUGGAGAUCAUGAAGACUGCUGUAACUGGAAAGGAGUUCAUUGCAGUAAUGAAACAGGUCACAUUCAAUUCCUUAGUCUUCGCAGUUCGUCUUCUUUGAGUGGUAAAAUUAAUAUUACUUCAUUGAGUGAAUUGCAUGAUAUGGAAUAUUUGGAUCUCAGUGGCAAUUAUUUCUAUUCAAGUGAAAUCCCAGAGUCCAUAGAGUCCUUUACCAAGUUACGGUAUCUCAAUCUCUCUUUUUCUGGUUUUGAUGGAAUUAUUCCUUAUCAACUCGGAAAGCUUUCAAAUUUAGUAUAUCUUGAUCUGGGCGACAAUGGAUUGGUUGGAGAUAUCCCUUGGACGAUUGGAAACAUUUCAAAGCUGCAACAUCUCUAUCUUGGAGAUAAUUCUCUUGGUGGAGUGAUCCCUUUCCAACUCGGUAAUCUUUCCAUGCUGCAAACACUGCAGCUUGGGGAUAAUUUUAAUCUCACGUUAGAUGAGCAGAACAAUCAUGAUGCAAAGUGGCUAUCUAAGCUUUCUUGGCUAUCAAGUCUUGACUUGAGUUUUGUGAGUGAUUUUGGCUAUUCUUAUCUCUGGCUACAAUUGAUUGGUGAACUGCCAAAACUUAGAGUUUUGCGACUACGUGGAUGUGGCAUUUCUUAUACCCAUAAUCCUUCUUUGACUUCUUAUCCUUCAAAUUAUUCCUCUUCUCUUGUUAUCCUUGAUCUCUCUUCAAAUAACUUGAACCCAACAUGGCCCUUCAAUUUGAGCUCCAACCUUCAAGAGCUAUAUCUAACUCAUUGUAAUCUUUCAAGUACUAAUCGUCAUUUUAUAUUUUCCAAUUUUCAGCUUUCUUCCCUCAUUGUCCUUGACCUUUCUUACACUAACCUGAUGUCACUAACGGCAUUGAACUUCAGCUCCAAUCUGCAAGUGCUUAAUUUACAAAAUUGUAGCCUUUUAUCUGAUAGUCUUAUUUUUACACCUUUCAAUCCCAAUCUCACUUCUCUUGUCCAGCUUGAUUUGUCUGACAAUUUGUUGACAUCAUCAUCCAUAUUCCAUUGGAUUUCUAACUUCAGCUUUAAUCUUCAUGAGAUUCACCUUCCUGGAAACUUGCUGGAGGGUCCCAUUCCAGAAGGUUUUGGAAACAUAAUGAACUCUCUGGAAGUCCUUAAUCUCCAUGAAAAUAAGCUACGUGGUGAAAUACCAACGUCACUGGGGGGUAUAUGCACUUUGAAUCAAGUUUCAUACCUGAAUGGUUUUGGCCACUCAUACAAGAUGUGUUGUACGUGA